CCUCAGGCCUUAAAGGGAGGGAGGCACAGGCUCUCUGCCCUCCUCAGCUGCAGCGUGGGUGGCUUGCUGAGCCAGAGGCCCGGGCUCCUCUCCUUCUUGUGAUUUUCCUUUCUGAGUAAGAGCACGCCAAGAUGUCCCUUGUGGCCGUCCCCUUCUACCAGAAGAGACACAGGCACUUGGACCAGUCCUAUCGCAAUAUUCAAACACGCUACCUGCUGGACGAAUAUGCGUCAAAAAAGCGAGCUUCCACCCAGACGUCUUCCCAGAAGUCCCUGACUCAGCAGUCCUCCUCGGAGAGAGCCUCCAGCCAGACGUCCCUGGGAAGAACCACCUGCAGCAUCUGUGCGAAGCGGAUAAGCACGCAGGAAGAGGAGGAGCGGGAGAGCAGAAACAGGUACCAAUCCCUGGUGGCCGCCUAUGGCGAGGCCAAGCGACAGCGUUUUCUCAGCGAGCUGGCCCACAUGGAGGAGAAUGUCCACCUGGCACGCUCCCAGGCCCGCGACAAGCUGGACGAAUACGCCAUUCAGCAGAUGGUGAAGGACAAGCUGGCCUGGGAGAGGCACUCGUUUGAAGAGCGGAUAAGCAGGGCUCCUGAGAUCCUGGUGCGGCUGCGGUCCCACACUGUCUGGGAGAGGAUGUCUGUGAAGCUCUGCUUUACCGUGCAAGGAUUUCCCACACCCGUGGUGCAGUGGUCCACAUUCCCGCUCUUGGAGGACGCAGGUGGGUCAAGGCAUUCAGCCCUCCUCACUCAGGAACUGGUGAUGACGGUGACCUGCUGGGCCUGGGGACAGCCAUGCCCUGGUCCAGCCGGGUCACGUUCCGUGCGUCCAGCAUGGGAACUGCCCGUGCACCUGCUCUGCGUUUCUCUGGUUUACGGCUCCCUCCUUGCGAGCCUGAGUCCACCUGGCUUGUGUGUUCACAGGACAGGCUCCACCUCAGCAAGUUCCGAUCAAGCAGUUUUUACAGACCGCCUUGCCUACUUCAUCUACGCUGGCACUGGAAUCCUUCCAGCUGUGCCUAGAGCAUCCAGGUGCAGCCCCUCAAUGCCUGUGUGCACCAUGCAGAGAGCAUCCAGGUGCAGCCCCUCAAUGCCUGUGCAUACCAGGAGGAGAACAUUUCAGGUGCAGCCCCUCAAUGCCUGUGCACACCAGGUGGAGAGCAUUUCAGGUGCAGCCCCUCAAUGCCUGUGCCCCCCAGGAGGACAGCAUUUCAGGUGCAGCCCCUCAAUGCCUGUGCACCCCAGGAGGAGAGCAUUUCAGGUGCAGCCCCUCAAUGCCUGUGNAGCAUUUCAGGUGCAGCCCCUCAAUGCCUGUGCACCCCAGGAGGAGAGCAUUUCAGGUGCAGCCCCUCAAUGCCUGUGUGCACCAGGAGGAGAGCAUUUCAGGUGCCGCUCUUCAAUGCCGGUGUGCACCAGGAUCACGUGGGAGAGUGGAGCAAAGCUGAAGCUCCGGGACUCCCCUAGAACUGGCACGCGAUGGACUCCCCUCCAUGGAUAUGAUUUGCUUUCGAGGAAUGUUUUUGUGCAAUUCGGGUCACUGACUUUCACAGAACAGUCCUGCAGACUUUCUCUCGUUCUUUUCUCUCAAAGGGCAGACUUCGAUGAUACCGCAACCUACUCGGCGGUGGCGACCAAUGCCCACGGUCAAGUGUCCACCAACGCGGCGGUGGUGGUGAGAAGGUUCCGGGGGGACGAGGAGCCAUUCCAUUCGGUGGGACUCCCGAUUGGAUUGCCCCUGUCAUCGGUGAUUCCGUACACGCACUUCGACGUCCAGUUUUUGGAGAAGUUUGGGGUCACCUUCAGGAGAGAAGGCGAGACGGUCACUCUCAAGUGCACCAUGCUGGUGACGCCUGACCUGAAGCGGGUGCAGCCCCGCGCGGAGUGGUACCGCGAUGACGUGCUGGUGAAGGAGUCCAAGUGGACGAAGAUGUUCUUUGGAGAAGGCCAGGCCUCCCUGUCCUUCAGCCACCUGCACAAGGACGAUGAGGGCCUGUACACCCUGCGCAUCGUGUCCCGGGGCGGCGUCAGCGACCACAGCGCCUUCCUGUUUGUCAGAGAUGCUGACCCGCUGGUCACAGGGGCCCCCGGUGCACCCAUGGACUUGCAGUGCCACGAGGCCAACCGAGACUACGUCAUCGUGACCUGGAAGCCCCCCAACACCACCACCGAGAGCCCCGUCAUGGGCUAUUUUGUGGACCGAUGUGAAGUAGGAACGAAUAAUUGGGUUCAGUGCAAUGAUGCGCCAGUGAAAAUCUGCAAAUACCCAGUCACGGGGCUUUUUGAAGGAAGGUCUUACAUAUUCCGAGUGAGAGCAGUGAACAGCGCAGGCAUCAGCCGACCCUCCAGGGUCUCGGAUGCGGUGGCUGCUCUCGACCCCAUGGACCUCAGAAAGUUACAAGCCGUUCAUUUGGAGGGAGAGAAGGAGAUCGUCAUUUAUCAGGAUGACCUUGAAGGUGAUGUCCAGAUUCCAGGGCCUCCCACCAACGUGCACGCCUCUGAAAUCAGCAGAAACUAUGUCGUCCUCAGCUGGGAGCCACCCACUCCCCGCGGCAAGGACCCGCUCACGUACUUCAUCGAGAAGUCCGUGGUGGGGAGUGGUAGCUGGCAGAGAGUCAACGCCGAGACGGCUGUGAGGUCCCCGAGAUAUGCCGUGUUUGACCUUAUGGAGGGGAAGUCGUACGUGUUCCGAGUGCUGUCAGCAAACCGGCACGGCCUGAGCGAGCCGUCAGAGAUAACAUCUCCCAUUCAGGCCCAGGACGUAACUGUUGUCCCUUCUGCUCCUGGUCGGGUUCUUGCAUCCCGAAACACCAAGACGUCAGUGGUGGUUCAGUGGGACAGACCCAAGCACGAGGAGGACCUGCUGGGCUACUACGUGGACUGCUGUGUGGCCGGAACCAAUGCCUGGGAACCCUGCAACCACAAGCCCAUUGGAUACAACAGGUUCGUGGUGCACGGCUUAACCACGGGAGAGCAGUACAUCUUCCGGGUCAAGGCGGUCAAUGCCGUGGGGAUGAGUGAAAACUCCCAAGAAUCAGACGUCAUAAAAGUACAGGCGGCACUCACCGUGCCAUCCCAUCCUUACGGGAUCACGCUCCUUAACUGUGACGGCCACUCCAUGACCCUCGGCUGGAAGGUCCCGAAGUUCAGCGGUGGCUCACCCAUCCUGGGCUACUACGUGGACAAGCGCGAAGUUCACCAUCAAAACUGGCACGAGGUCAAUUCCUCGCCCAGCAAACCGACAAUCCUAACGGUGGACGGCUUGACGCAAGGCUCACUCUACGAGUUCAAAAUUGCUGCCGUCAACCUGGCCGGCAUCGGGGAGCCCUCAGACCCCAGCGAGCACUUCAAGUGUGAGGCCUGGACCAUGCCAGAGCCCGGUCCUGCAUAUGACCUGACGUUCUGUGAGGUCAGGGACACGUCCUUGGUCAUGCUGUGGAAGGCCCCCGUGUACUCCGGCAGCAGCCCUGUUUCUGGGUAUUUCGUGGACUUCAAGGAGGAGGAUGCUGGAGAGUGGAUGACUGUCAAUCAGACAGCAACGGCCAACCGUUAUUUAAAGGUCUGUGACCUGCAGCAAGGGAAGACCUAUGUUUUCAGGGUCCGAGCAGUCAAUGCAAAUGGUGUGGGCAGGCCCUCAGACAUGUCGGAGCCUGUGCUGGUAGAGGCCAGACCAGGCACGAAGGAAAUCAGUGCCGGUGUCGAUGAAGAAGGCAACAUCUACCUGGCCUUCGACUGCCAGGAAAUGACGGACGCCUCUCAGUUCACCUGGUGUAAAUCCUAUGAAGAGAUUGCAGAUGACAAGAGGUUUAAAAUCGAAACCGUGGGGGAUCACUCCAAGCUGUACUUUAAGAAUCUGGAUAAGGAGGAUUUAGGGACUUACUCGGUGUCUGUAAGUGAUACAGAUGGAGUGUCCUCCAGUUUUGUUCUGGACCCAGAAGAGCUGGAACGUUUGAUGGCAUUGAGCAGUGAAAUAAAGAACCCCACAAUUCCACUGAAAUCAGAAUUAGCUUAUGAGAUUUUUGAUAAGGGGCAAGUUCGCUUCUGGCUGCAGGCUGAGCACUUAUCCCCAGACGCCAACUACCGAUUUAUUAUUAACGACAGAGAAGUGUCUGACAGCGAGGCACACAGAAUUAAAUGUGACAAAGCUACUGGCAUUAUUGAGAUGGUGAUGGAUCGAUUUACUAUUGACAAUGAGGGGACCUACACUGUGCAGAUUCAUGACGGAAAAGCCAAAAGUCAGUCUUCUCUAGUUCUUAUUGGAGAUGCAUUCAGGACUGUGCUGGAAGAGGCUGAAUUUCAAAGGAAAGAAUUUCUCAGGAAACAAGGCCCUCAUUUUGCUGAGCACUUGCACUGGGACGUCACAGAAGAAUGUGAAGUUCGACUUGUUUGCAAGGUUGCAAACACCAAGAAAGAAACAAUUUUUAAAUGGCUCAAGGAUGACGUUCUGUGUGAAACUGAAAAAAUGCCUGACCUGGAGAGGGGAAUUUGUGAGCUGCUCAUCCCAAAGUUGUCAAAGAAGGACCAUGGUGAAUACAAGGCAACCUUGAAAGACGAGAGAGGCCAAGAUGCAUCCAUCCUUGAAAUAGCUGGUAAAGUGUAUGAUGAUAUGAUUUUGGCAAUGAGUAGAGUCUGUGGAGCAUCUGCUUCUCCGCUGAAGAUACUCUGCACCCCAGAAGGAAUACGACUUCAGUGCUCCAUGAAAUAUUUUAUGGAAGAAAUGAAAGUGAACUGGUGUCACAAAGAUGCUAAGAUCUCGUCCAGUGAGCAUUUGCGAAUCGGGGGGACUGAAGACAUGGCUUGGCUGCAGAUAUGUGAGCCGACAGAGAAGGAUAAAGGAAAAUACACUUUUCAGAUUUUUGAUGGCAAAGAUAAUCAUCAGCGUUCCCUCGACCUGUCCGGACAAGCAUUUGAUGAAGCAUUUGCAGAAUUCCAACAACUCAAGGCUGCUGCUUUUGCAGAGAAGAAUCGUGGCAGGGUGAUCGGCGGUUUGCCUGACGUGGUGACUAUCAUGGAAGGAAAGACCUUGAAUCUGACCUGCACGGUGUUUGGAAACCCUGACCCCGAAGUGGUUUGGUUCAAGAAUGACCAGGACAUUGAGCUCAGCGAGCACUUCUCGGUGAAGGUGGAACAGGCCAAGUACGUCAGCAUGACCAUCAAAGGCGUGACCUCCGAGGACUCGGGCAAGUACAGCAUGAACGUCAAGAACAAGUACGGCGGGGAGAAGAUCGACGUGACGGUGAGCGUGUACAAACACGGAGAGAAGAUCCCGGACAUGGCCCCGCCCCAGCAGGCCAAGCCCAAGCUCAUCCCAGCGUCUGCCUCAGCGCCAGGCCAGUGAAGGCGUCUUCCCAGCCUGGAGACGGGAAACCUCUUGGCAGAGCCAGGAAUGCUUGGCAUCCUGUGUGGGCUGAUAGUUGACCAUGCAUUGUGCUUUGAUUUUUGCGUUUGGUGAUGAUUAUUUUAUACCCAUCCAAGGGGGAAAGCUAAUGUUUUCCACUAGACUAAGCAACAUGUGUUUACAGGAGCGUAGACUGCAGAUACUGGCAGAGGGUGGGUUGGCAGAUGACACGAGCAUUUUCACGGGUGUAGGCACGUGGGCAUGACACCCAGGCGUGUGUGUGUGUAGCAUGUGGCGGUCUGUGUGAAGCCACUGAGAAGCCACCAUGCUGUCGCUUGCUGUUUAGGGGCUGUGAGAUCUCGCAGUGCUGGAAUCCUGGCUGUGGAGGCUUUGAAGCAUGUGUUAUCUGGUGACGCUUGUUUUCUCUUGCUUUAGGCAAAUAAAACUUUAAAAAUCACCUUGGUGUGGCUUUUCUGUAGCAAAUCAUGCCUGCCUGCA